AUGUCGUCCAGUCCGAAUCGCGGGUCCAAAGCGGCCGGUAUGAACAGUCGGCCUACUAGCAAGGAUGGUUCAAAGAAAAAUAUCUGGUCCUCGCUGCUCGACAGUGCCGCUAAUGGAAAGCGCUUGCCUGAAAAGAACCUCUUGAUCCUAGGGGGGACACCGGAAACUCAGCGGGAGUUCCUGGAGACGCUCUGUGCAGAUACCUCGGCGGAUUCCAGCUUAGUGAACGAGAAGCGGAAGGGAAAGACACCUCCAAUCGCUAAUCAUUUUGCCCUGGGAUACACAUAUCGAGACGUACUUGAUACCGAUCAAGAAGAUACGCUGGCGCGCGUGUCCGCUUACCUUCUGUCCGAACCCUCUCCAUCAUUUGCACCCCUCAUCAAACCACUCCUGACCCCUCAGUCGGUGCCCGAAACGCUCGUUGUCAUUCUUAUGGACUGGUCAGACCCCUGGACCUGGAUACGGCGCCUACGAGAGUGGGUGCGCCUUCUCCGGUCCGUACUCGUGUCGCUCGACGAUGAUACCAAAAUUGUGAUGGAGGAAACCAUGGCGGAAUGGCGGGACCGCAAGCGAGGCCUGGAUGCCAGUUCUGCUGCAGCAGGCGGGAUGUCAAACUCUGGAGGCCCAGUCACAAUACCUUUGGGCCCAGGCGAGUGGGAUGAAAGCUUGGGGAUUCCGAUGUGUGUCGUUUGUCAAGGAGCGGACAAGAUCGAAAAGCUGGAGAAAGACCAUGGUUGGCACGAAGAACAAUUCGAUUUCAUCCUCCAGUUCCUGCGAACAAUCCUGCUGAAGCAUGGCGCUUCCCUCAUCUAUACUACCCCUUUCCUCGCCAACUCUCUUCAGAGCCUGAUCCACUCCUCCCUUGGCAUACAUUCUCUUUUGAAACGACAAUCUUUAAAACAUAAUGUCAUCGACCGGGACAAAAUUCUCGUGCCAGCCAACUGGGACUCUUGGGGCAAGAUUCGCAUCAUUCGUGAAGGAUUUGACAUGGAAGGGGUAUCAACUGCGUGGUCAAUCGAGAUCCAAGAUGCCCCCGAACCGCUCGAACUGCCCGCAAAUGCCGGCCGGCAGGCCGAGAAUGCCGAUGAUGGUACCAGUGCUGUGACAGUGUUUGAGCAGACCAUCUACGACCCCAAGCGCGACACAAGUAUUGCUCAUCCCGCUACUUCCAAUGGAGGCAAGAUUGAAGUCGAGACCUCCGAUAUGCAAGGCUUCCUCACUAAGCAAGUUGAGCUUCUGGAGCAACUCCGGGCCGAGGACGAUAAGGAACGUGCCAGUCAGCCUACUCCACAACUGGAGAUGUCCCCCAUCGAUGAUCAGGGCAAGGUGAAUGAGCACAUUGGCCCUGUGCAAUUCAACAUGGGUGGUAUCCAAGUGGACGCGGACGAUAUGCUGAAGAAGCUUAAAGACCGCGAAGCCAACCGGGCCCACAAGAAAGAAGGCAUCCCCACGAAUCCAGGUGACGAAAAGGCCCACAAUCAAGCCUUGGCAAACUUCUUCGCUGGUCUCGUCAAGAAACCCGCCGGCGGCAGUCCCCGCGGAAGCCCGUCCGCUUGA